AUCUCAUAAUUGAAGUGAUAGUCAGGUGAUCGCUUCCAUUUGCUGUAGCUACUGGUAUAUUUUGGAUUUACAUGUGAGCCAUUGAUAUAAUUCUUUAGGAACCAAAAAGAUAUACAGUUUAACGUAAUUCUUUAGGAACUCCUCCAAACAGUCAAAUUAAGAGCAAUCUUGUGGCAUGCCCAUGGUUUUGCCUUUUGUCAUCUUACCCAAAAUUCUUGAAGAACAAAUGAAAAUUGGCAUCACCACUGGUGUGUAUUCCCACCACAUCCCUCGUUAGCACUUAGCACUAGAAGACAACUUAGGUUCGAAUGACCCAAACGUUGGAUCAAUAAUAAUUCCACGACUGAGAUUGGUGGAGAGAGGAAACUGUUGGAAUCAGAGGGGUAUUACUGUAAUUGCAAAACUCGAAUCUAGAGUUAACUAUGAUGUCGUGUCCUGCUGACUAGUGUCCAGUCCACCAGAUAUCGCCGUUUUAGCUUCCCUAUCCCCCUUUACUCCCCUAUUCCCCUGCCCUUAUAUUUUUAGCCAUUCCAACUUACUACUGUUUCUCUAGUCUCUCUCUUAUCCCACUAAAAUCCACAUUAACGGUACAAAUCUUUCGCUCUUGUACCAAUCUUUCUCCCGCUUUUCAAUCUCUAUCUAUUUAAUAUUCUACGUAGCCUCCUUUAAACUUGUACUUACUUGAUCUUGAUUGGGAUUUCCAGUAGCAUUUGUUAAACCAUUUAGCUAGUAGAGUAGAGCUUAUAGUAAUGGAUCUGAAGGAAGUAAAGGGAUCAGAAGUAGAGGAAAUGAAAACUUGCAGUGAUUGUCAUACCACAAGAACGCCUCUUUGGAGAAGUGGUCCAGCAGGUCCUAAGUCGUUAUGUAACGCAUGUGGGAUCAAAUACAACAAGAAGAGGAGGCAGCUUUUAGGUCUGGACAAAGGAAGAAGUGUUAGCAAAAAGAAGAGGAAAAUCAGUGGAGAAAAAAUAGUAGAGAAAAUAAAGGACAGUCAUUGAAAAUGAAAUUGAUGGCAUUGGGAGGCAAAUUAAGAGAGGAAGAACAAGCGGCGAUACUUUUGAUGGCACUUUCCUGUGGAUCUGUUUAUGCUUAAGAAAAUUACUACUAUAACCCUAAGUCCUAGUAAUAGUAGCUGUAGCACCAAGUGGAAACCCCUUGUAUUCUUACUAAUCAAUUGACCCAUUUUAGUCCAAGCGCCUUUUUGAUUUUAGAGUUUCAGUUGUAAUGCCUAAUGAAGAGCAGCAGAUGAGAAUGAACCAAUGUAGUAGUAAAUCUUGAUUCUUUUUGAUCUAUUUCGAAUCUAGAGUUUGAUUCAAAUUU